AUGAAAAACAAGUGGUGGUACGAUAAAGGAGAGUGUGGCUUCAAGGACUCUACCAAUAAGGAAAAGACCAGUGCUCUGUCUCUUAGUAAUGUAGCGGGAGUCUUCUACAUCCUGGUUGGGGGUCUAGGUCUGGCCAUGAUGGUAGCACUGGUAGAGUUCUGCUACAAGAGUCGUGCAGAGGCAAAAAAAAUGAAGGUGGCAGCCAACACCUUGUCGUCCCCCCAGCACACAGGAAACUACACACACACUCUGUCUUCUCCUCAACAUGCCCCCAACUUCAACUUGCUGUCCCCCAGCCACCAGCCAAACUACGCCACCUAUAAAGAGGGCUACAACGUUUACGGCAUUGAAAGCGUCAAGAUCUAACACGGGUAGGAGAGUGAUGAUUGAUGGCUAAAACUUUCCUCACCUCACAGUCAUAGACUUUGAUUAGACAAUUAACUGUUAAUUGUUAACUGUUCAUAUCAUCAAACAACUACUCAAAUAAACUUAUGGUGUUGUACAGCA